AUGUCCACAUUGCCCCCCAAGUCAGUAUGGCGGGAUGGGGAUGUUAUCAAGAUUCAAUGGCUCGACGACGCUCCAAAUUACCCAGGUAAUCACACUACGUCCCUGAGCAUCGCAACCCUUCGCAGCCUUCUCAAACAUGGCAAUGCAAAUACAUGGCCGUCCUAUGCUCCAUCGCCGCGGAAAGCAUGGGAAGCCGAGGAAUACGCUCAAUUUUCCGACUUCGACUACGAAGCCUACAUGAACGACGACCAAGUCCUCAGCCAAGCACUAACGCAACUGCACACCCACGGUCUGCUGUUCGUCAGCAACGUCCCCGAAUCCGAGACCUCUGUCUCAACGAUAGGCGAGCGCAUCGGUCCGAUCAAAAACACCUUCUACGGCUACACCUGGGACGUCCGUUCCGUGCCCAAAGCGAAGAAUGUCGCCUACACCUCUCAAGACCUAGGCUUCCACAUGGACCUCCUCUACAUGGAACAACCUCCACAGAUCCAGCUCCUCCACUGCAUCCGCAGCUCGUCCUCCGGCGGCGCGAGCCUCUUCACCGACAGCUACAAAGCCGCCGCCGACCUCCUCGCAGCAGACGUCGACACCUUCAAAACCCUCGUCGACGUCGAAGCGAGCUUCCACUACAAUCACCCUGACUCGAAUCUCUACCACCAAUCAAGACCGGUGUUCGAAGUAUUAGAGAAAGACUACCGACAGACGUUUCGCGCACUGUAUAACGACAAACCUGUGAAUAUUCUCGACUACUUGACCGCUGUGAACUGGUCCCCUCCAUUCCAAGCGCCCUUUGCCGUCAAACCUAGACAUCGUCAGCAGCAGAGCAAGACUGAAGUACUUGGUCCGUUGAACUCAAGAGUCGCCGACUGGCACAAGGCAGCGCAGCAGUUCAAUGCGUUGGUCCAUCGACCGAGCGGCAUCUACGAGCGGCUGAUGAAACCGGGCGAGUGCGUGAUCUUCGACAAUCGGAGAGUCCUGCAUGCGAGAAAGGCGUUCGAGGCUGGUGAUGCUGGGAAGGAGAGGUGGCUGAGGGGCGCUUACUUGGACAAAGAUCCGUAUCUAAGCAAGAUGAGGGUGUUGCAUGGAGCAGCAAAGUGA